GGCGCCGUCCCCGAAGUUUGUUGUGGAGCCGGGCGUGCCGGAGGCCUGCGGCGGCUGGGGGACCGGGUCGCGGCGCCACCAUGGCGGUGCGACAGGCGCUGGGCCGGGGCCUACAGCUGGGUCGGGCGCUGCUGCUGCGCUUCACGGCCAAGCCUGGCCCGGCCUACGGCUGGGGACGGCCAGAGCGGCCCGGCCCCGCGGCGGGAUGGGGCCGCGGAGAACGCCCGGGCCAGACCGCGGGACCCGGCGCGGAGGCGCGCAGGCUCGGGCUCGGGCUGCCCGACCGCUACCGCUUCUUCCGCCAGUCGGUGGUCGGGCUGGCGGCGCGGCUCCAGCGACAGUUCGCCGUGCGGGCCCGGGGUGGCGCGGGCCCUUGCGGCCGGGCCGUGUUUCUAGCCUUCGGUCUGGGCCUGGGCCUCAUCGAGGAGAAGCAGGCGGAGGGCCGGCGGGCGGCGGCGGCCUGUCAGGAGAUCCAGGCAGUUUUUACCCGGAAAACCAAGCUGCCGCCAGACCCGCUGGACACCGGCUGGUGGCGAGGCUGCCGGCUGGAGGAGUAUGUGAUAGGGCGGUCUGUCGGCAAGGGCUGCAGCGCUGCGGUGUAUGAAGCCACCAUGCCGGUGCUGCCCCGGAAGCCGCAGGUGGCGGAGGGCAUCGGGCUGCUCCCAGGCCGAGGCCCUGGUGUCACCGCGCAAGAACACGAGCCAGCGCCCCCGGCCCCCGGCUUUCCCUUGGCCAUCAAGAUGUUGUGGAACAUCUCGGCGGGCUCUUCCAGUGAAGCUAUCUUGAGCACAAUGAGCCAGGAGCUAGUCCCAGCUAGUCGAGUGGCCUUGGCCGGGGAGUAUGGAGCAGUCACUUACAGAAAGUCCAAGGGAAGCCCCAAGCAACUGGCCCCUCACCCCAACAUCAUCCGGGUCGUCCGUGCCUUCACCUCCUCUGUACCACUGCUGCCAGGGGCCCUGGUCGACUACCCUGAUGUGCUGCCCCCACGUCUUCACCCCGAAGGCUUGGGCCACGGGCGGACGCUCUUCCUCGUUAUGAAGAACUACCCCUGCACCCUGCGCCAGUACCUUCGCGACAACACCCCAAGCCCCCGCCUCGCCGCCGUGAUGGUCCUGCAGCUCCUGGAGGGGGUGGAUCAUCUGGUUCAACAGGGCGUCGCGCACAGAGACUUGAAAUCUGACAACAUCCUCGUGGAGCUGGACGCAGAUGGCUGCCCCUGGUUGGUGAUCACAGACUUUGGCUGCUGCCUGGCUGAUGAGCGCAUCGGCCUGCGGCUGCCAUUCACCAGCUGGUAUGUGGAUCGGGGCGGAAACGGCUGCCUGAUGGCCCCUGAGGUGUCCACAGCCCGCCCUGGCCCCAGAGCAGUGAUUGACUACAGCAAAGCUGACGCCUGGGCAGUGGGCGCGCUCGCCUACGAAAUCUUCGGGCUCUCCAAUCCCUUCUACGGCCACGGCAGGGCCCACCUGGAAAGCCGCAGUUACCAGGAGGCUCAGCUGCCCGCACUGCCCAAGUCGGUGCCUCUAGAGGCAAGACGGCUGGUGAGGUCGCUGCUCCAGCGAGAGGCCAGCAAGAGACCAUCGGCCCGAGUGGCUGCCAAUGUGCUUCAUUUAAGCCUCUGGGGUGAACACACUCUAGCCCUGAAGAAUCUGAAACUAGACAAGAUGAUCGGCUGGCUCCUCCAACAGUCAGCUGCCACUCUACUGGCCGACAGGCUUACAGAGAAGAGCUGCGUGGAAACAAAGAUGAAGGUGUUAUUUCUGGCCAACCUGGAGUACGAGGCGCUGUGCCAGGCAGCCCUGCUCCUCUACUCCUGGAGAGCGGCCCCGUGAGGGCCCUGCUGCCGCUCAAUUACUAAAAGAACUUCGCAACAUCCGUGUGGUGAUGGUCUGUGAAUGGGCAGGGCUCCCCGGGGUGAGGGCGGGAGGCAGGAGGAAAGACGGCGCCGAGAGGGUCGGUCGGCCCUGGAGAAGGCCCCUGGUUUGGCAGAUAGAAGGAACAGCUCACGUCCAAGUUUAGUCCGUAGCUACUAAUUCACCCUAGCUGUGCGAUUUUAGGUGCCUCACGCAAGCUGUGCGGUCUGAUGGCCCCGCCUGCAGUGUUGACCGGACAGGAGCUGGCAAACACCGACUGUCGCGGCUAUGCCCGUUGCGUAGCGCAAAUGCGCUCUCAGAUAUGUAAGUACGCUGACAUUUGAAUUCCAUGGGUCACUAAAUACUUUUGAUUUUUUCCAACUAUUUGAAAACCCAAAAACCACUUUUAGCUUGCAGGCCAGAAUGGCCCACAAGUCGGAGUUUGCCAACUCUGGUCUAGCCAGAUUCCAAAGGCCUAACUAACUCUAAAAAAGACAUGCUGAUUCCCUUGUGUGUAAAUGCUAAUAAAAUGUGAGAGGGUCGGGGCACACAUCCAAAGGAGCAUGUUCUUUGCAGCAAAUGAGAAGACAGAGUGAAGUGUAAGUUAGCUGCUGGCAAAAAGCCCUUCCUUCCUCACAGACCUCUGUGAAGCCGGUGGCUGAGCUGGUCUGUUAGGUCUGGAGGCGAGGCUGAGGCCCAGACGUGUCCCCCCCACCCCGCAAGAGGGGCCAGGCAAGGCCAUGGCUGUUGGUGGCAGAGCGUGACUCCAGGAAGGGACUGUGGCUUGUUUGAAAGUGGCAGCCACGACCUCAGUCUGCGUGUUUCCUGAGCAAAGGCCGACACCUGCUGGGGUCAGUAUACUUGGGCGUCAGAAUGAAACCACAUCCAGCGAGGCCUGAGAAGGAGGCGGCCUCUGCACUUACUUAAGGGUGCAUUCUGGAAAGCUCUGGAGUGUCUCUGCGGAAGCACUUCCACGGAGCUCCUCCAGCUACUGAAUCGAGUCUAGCAGAGCUGGAAGCAGUGAGAAAAUGGAAGUUAACGUGUAGUGUUUUACUUGCUGACUUGCCUUUUGACCAGCAUUUCUUCUAGAAAUCGUGAAAGAAUUAAAUGCACAUUUACAAAUGAA